UGAAUGUAACGAUAAAAAAGAAGACGAAAAGAAGCUAACCUAAUAAAUUGCCCUGAGAGAAAGGGUUGUUGUUUUGGAGUAAAAAUUCGAUCAAAAAUCGCUACAGUCCCCUGACAUAAUACGUUUACAUGUGAAUUAAGAUUGAAUAAAGUGUUUUAGAUAUAUUGCUUAACUCAACUACGAAUGUUUAAUUGAUAAAUUCAAUAGCCAUACAACUGAAGAAUGUCAGUUGCCAAUAAUAUUGUCAACGAUAAUGGUGAACAGUUCAUUCCAGCAUCUCAAAGACCUGACGGUACAUGGCGAAAAGCGAGAAGAGUAAAGGAAGGUUAUGUCCCCCAGGAAGAAGUGCCAUUAUAUGAAAGUAAAGGAAAACAAUUCGUUAGCAGAAAGCAAGAACCAGUGGUAUUGCCUUCUGGAAAGGUAGCGCAGAGACCUAUACCAGGCCUACUCAUAGUUCAGGAUGAUACAGAAAAGAAGCCGACUAAAAAGAAAGGCAAAAAAAAAAUUGAUGAUGUAACGAAUUCAAUGGACAAAAUAAAACUUGUGGAAAAGUCGGCAGAGGUGAAAGCUAAUAAAGGAGAUAAAUUGACUCAAGAAUCACGAGAUAGCAAAAAAAAUGUUGAAACCACUGACCCUCAAAAAAAACUGAAGAAUUUAAAGAAAAGGUUGAGGGAAGUUGAAGCACUCGAAGAAAAAGUUUCAAACGGAACACUUGCAAAGCCUGAACCAGAGCAAUUAGCGAAGAUCAAGAGAAAAAAUGAUUUACUCAUGCAAAUUUAUGAAUUAGAGAAGCAACUUCAGUGAUUAAUUUAGUUGGUAUGUUUUUUAAUUGUUGUUAUAGGUUUAUAAUAAUCGUUUUGUGAAUUGUAACUUGAUGUGUCAAAUAAAUGAUUUCAUUUAUAAAA